GAGAGGCGGCUUCGGAGUGAGACAAACUCCAUUUACCUUCGAGUGGGCUGGUUCUCCUAGCACUGAUAUAAACAAUGGAUUGAGGAUGGAGUUAGACUCCCUGCACGGAGCGUUCGCCUUUCAAAGCCGACUUUACCCAUAUCACAACGUUUGAGCAAGGAAGUUUUUCUUGCAGCAUCUGGUCGGGAAUAUUUUUCAUGUUAGCUGAAGCACAAACGUCACAGAGGAAAUGAGCAACAUCUACGAAUCUGCAGCCAACUCCCUGGGCCUCUUUAGCAGCCCCUGCCUGACAAAAGUGGAACUGCGUGUUGUCUGCAAGGGGAUAUCUGACAGGGAUGCGCUGUCCAAGCCUGACCCCUGUGUUGUCCUCAAAAUGCAGUCACAUGGACAGUGGCUGGAGGUGGACAGAACAGAGGUUAUACGCAGCUGCAUAAACCCCACCUUCUCCAAAGUCUUCACCGUGGACUUCUACUUCGAGGAGGUGCAGCGCCUUCGGUACGAGCUGUACGACAUCUGCAGCAACCACAACGGACUGAAGGAGGCUGACUUCCUGGGAGCCAUGGAGUGCACUCUUGGCCAGAUUGUGUCCCAGAGAAAACUCUCCAAAUGCCUACUCAAACAAGGAAACACAGUAGGCAAGGCCUCCAUCACGGUCAUUGCAGAGGAGCUGUCAGGAAAUGAUGACUACGUUGAGCUCUCGUUCAGCGCAAGGAAAUUGGAUGACAAGGAUUUUUUUAGUAAAUCUGAUCCAUUCCUGGAAAUAUUCAGAAUGAAUGAUGAUGCCACUCAACAGCUCGUCCACAGAACAGAGACUGUCAUGAACAAUCUCAAUCCUGUUUGGAAAACCUUCAAGGUGUCUUUGAAUUCUCUCUGCAGUGGAGACCAUGACCGCAUUCUGAAGUGCACAGUGUGGGACUGGGACUCCAAUGGGAAGCAUGAUUUCAUCGGAGAAUACCAGGCGACAUUUAAAGAGAUGCGAGGAGCAAUGGAUGGCCGACAGGUGCAAUGGGAAUGUAUAAACCCCAAAUACAAGGUCAAGAAGAAGAAUUACAAAAACUCUGGGAUUGUUAUUCUAAAUCAAUGCAAGAUCAUCAAGAUGCACUCUUUCCUGGAUUACAUCAUGGGGGGAUGCCAGAUUCAGUUUACAGUAGCUAUUGAUUUCACGGCAUCUAAUGGGGAUCCCAGAAACAGCUGCUCAUUGCACUAUAUCCACCCAUACCAACCUAAUGAGUAUCUGAAGGCCCUGGUCGCAGUGGGAGAGAUCUGCCAAGACUACGACAGUGACAAAAUGUUCCCUGCUUUUGGCUUUGGUGCUCGGAUACCACCUGAUUUUAAGGUCUCCCAUGAUUUUGCCGUGAACUUCAAUGAAGACAACCCAGAAUGUGCAGGUAUCCAGGGUGUCGUUGAAGCGUACCAGAACUGCCUUCCCAAGAUCCAGCUGUAUGGCCCCACCAACAUCGCCCCCAUCAUCCAGAAAGUGGCCAAUUCUGCCUCUGAGGAGAUGCACACCAAAGAGGCAAUGCAAUACUUCAUCCUGCUGAUCCUGACGGACGGCGUCAUCACCGACAUGGCCGACACCCGUGAGGCCAUCGUGCACGCCUCCCACCUGCCCAUGUCCGUCAUCAUCGUGGGCGUGGGCAACGCCGACUUUAGCGACAUGCAGAUGCUGGAUGGCGACGAUGGCAUCCUCCGCUCGCCCAAGGGGGAGCCCGUCCUGAGGGACAUCGUGCAGUUUGUGCCCUUCCGCAACUUCAAACACGCAUCCCCUGCGGCCCUGGCCAAAAGCGUUUUAGCAGAGGUUCCCAACCAGGUGGUCGACUACUACAACAGCAAGGGGAUCAAGCCCAAGGACCUCAGUGAAUAUGAGUCCUCCCGGACGUUUGGCCCAUAACUGCUCAGCACAAUGUUACAUAGAUCCUAAAGAGAUAGCACGUUUAGGUGAUUUUUAAACUAAACUAACCUUUUAUUGCAUGUGCGGUCGCCAAGGCUUGCAUCUGUUAUGCAGUUGUAAUUGUUGAAGACAUUUGUAUGGAGAAUAAAAAACAAACUUAUGAAACAACCUAACUGACGUCUUUGAAUAAGAGCAUGUCAACCUGGAAUCGAUUGACGAAGUAAUGUACAAGAUAUCUGUAUUUCUUUUUAUACAGGUUUAUUGAGAUUUUGCUAAAUUUCUUAAUAUUCUUACAUUGUAAAGCAUUUUGGAUCACUGAGAAUGAAUAGCUAAAUGUACUAGAGACAUCUGCGCCCAA